AUGCCCUUACCCUCGGUUCCCAGUGGGAAAUGGGAAGGAGUAAAUGAUUAUCUUGUGGCUCGCCGGAGGAGCUGGAAGGCGAUUACUAAUGAUGAGGUCGCACAGUGGGGGAAUAUGGAGCCCGGGGACCUCUCUGCAUUCGCCUCUGCCCAUUGCAUGGAGGUGAAUUCCGCCAUCCAUGCCAUGGCUCUCCAAACGCACAUCCAUCGCGUCGACGCCCUCGACCAGCGGGCUGCUAACAAGAAGCUCCAGGAGGCUCAAAUCGCCCAGCUUUUUGAAGAAAGCGCGCGUUACAGUGAGGAAUCGUUGAGGAUGGCGGCGGAGAGGGAGCUCCUCGGGCAGCAGAUGACAGAAGUAAUUCUUUCUGCUUCUGUUUCUUCUACUGUGAAGAUGAUAUUAUGGAACUUGAGCUCGCUAAUCUUCCAGGAGUUUGCAUUAAGAGAGGGUGUCUCAAUAAGUGAACUGGAAAUGCUUUAUUCCACGUUAUCACUGAUCCAAACCGUGAUUCAUGAUGCAGAGGAGAGGCAAAGUCACGAAGAAGCAGUAAAGGAUUGGCUCAAAAGUCUUGGAGAUGCGGCUUGCGAUGCAGAUGAUGUGUUGGAUGAGUUAUUAGUAAGGGCUCUGCGUUGGAAAGAGGACAAGGGCAUGAUGAAAAAGGUUAGACAAUUUUCUUCCCCUUCAAAAUUAGUGUUUCGCUUCAAGAUUGGUCAUAAAAUUAAAGAAGUUAUGAGGAGGUUAGAUGUGAUUGCUAAAUAUACAGAAAAUUUUAACUUCAAAAUGUAUGUAGUGAGUCCAAGACGUCGAGUGGAAAGAACACCCACUGAUUCCUAUAUAUUAAUCGAUUCAAAAGUUUAUGGAAGAGAAGAAGAUAGAGAUAAAAUUGUAAAAAUGUUAACCAGCAGUGAUGAUAAAGAUGAAAUUUCAGUCAUCCCCAUUGUCGGCAUGGGGGGGCUGGGUAAGACAACAAUUGCUCAGUUGGCAUACCGAGAUGAUAGAGUAGCAAGGCUUGCUAGAUCAAUUAUAGAAUCUGCUACAACUGGUAAUAAAUGUGAUAUCUCAGACAUGGAUCAGUUGCAGCUUCGUUUGCAAGAGGUAUUGCGGGGGAAGCUAUUUUUACUCAUUCUAGACGAUGUAUGGAAUGAGGAUGAGGAGAAAUGGGACGAGUUGAGAAAAUAUUUUAUGUGUGGCUCAAGAGGAAGCAAAAUUCUAGUAACUACUCGUAGUUACAAAGUGGCAGAGAUAAUGGGCACAAUGGUCCCAUACGCUUUGAGUGGUCUGUCUGAUGAUGUCUGUUGGUCUUUAUUCAGGGAAAGAGCUUUUAGGGGGGGAGAAGAAGAGACUAAUCCAAACCUGGUUGCUAUAGGAAAGAAGAUUGUGAAGAAGUGUGGAGGCCUACCAUUAGCUGCAAAAGCUCUAGGAGGUUUACUAAGGUCGUUUGAUAGAGAUGAAAGGACAUGGUUAUCUGUUUUAUAUGAUAGCAAUUUCCCGGAGGAUGAAAGUGAAAUCUUACCUGCCUUGAAGUCGAGUUACAACCAUCUUCCAUCAUCCAUUAAGCAGUGUUUUGCAUAUUGCGCAAUUUUUCCUAAAGGCUAUGAAAUUAAAAAGGAUGUUCUAAUUCAGUUGUGGAUUGCACAAAGCUUUAUUCAUGAAUCAUGUGGGAGAGGUAUAGAGCUGGAGGAUAUUGGGAAUGAAUAUUUCAAUUACUUGCUAAUGAGGUGUUUCUUCCAAGAUAUAGUAAGAGACGAGUAUGGUACGAUUUUAAGAUGUAAGAUGCACAACUUGGUGCACAAUCUUGCUCAAUCUGUUGGAAGGACGGAAUGCAUGUAUGUUGAUAAUGAAAAUUGGAUAGAAAGUAUUCAUAGAAGGGUUCGUCAUGUAUCAGUAGUUGGUGAUAGGAAGAAGGUUGCAGAAGUUUUCACGCCUCUUCACAAAGCAGAGAGUCUACGAACAUUCCUUAUAUUGCACCCAUACAGGUUGGAUACCGUGGAUGUUCCACAUAACUUGUCCUUAAGAUUUAAAGGAUUACGUGUGCUUGAUUUACAUGGUACAAGUAUUAAAAAGUUGCCAAUUUCCAUCAGUAAGCUUAAGCAUCUACGGUAUUUAGACCUCUCCGACACUCUUAUUACCAAACUUCCAACAUCCUUUACUUCCCUCCUAAAUUUGCAAACCUUGAAGCUCUUACAUGUUAGAUACCUUGUAGAACUGCCUCGAGACUUGAGAAAGAUGAUUAGCCUCAGGCAUCUUGAAUUCGAUGGUUGCUCUAUGGUGAGUGAGAUGCCAUUAAGGAUGGGGCAAUUAGCUGGGCUACAGACUCUGACAAAGUUUAUUGUUGGUAAGGAGGAUGGUAGGACCUUAGCAGAGCUACAAGACCUCAAUAGCCUCCGAGGACAACUUAGGAUUGAAAGCUUAGAGAAUGUAAGUAAUGCAGUUGAUGCAGUGAGAGCCAACUUGAAGAACAAACCAAACCUAUGUAGGUUAGAAUUAUGCUGGGGAUAUUUUAGUUUGAAACAAAAGGUGGUGGAGGAUGUGAUAAAUCGUCUACAACCACACCCAAAUCUGAAAGAAUUAUCAAUGGAAGGAUAUCCAGGAAUACAAAUUCCACCUUGGAUGAUGAAGGGUUGUUCCUAUUGCAGGCUUGUCAAAAUAUCAUUAAGUAGAUGCCUUAAGUGGGAAUGUCUCUCCCCUCUGGGGCAACUGCCUGACCUCAAGGAGCUUUCCAUUGUAAAGAUGGAUGGGGUACGAUACAUAGGCAAUGAGUUAUUCUAUCCUGAUGAUGAUGAUAAUGCAGCGGCCAUGGUAGAUGCAGUCAUAUUUCCAUCAUUGAUCAAGCUUGAAGUAUCCUCUAUGUGCAAUUUGGAAGAAUGGUCGUUGUUGGGUUUUGAGGUUGAUGAUCAAGGAGGAAAUCGACAACAACAAGUAAUAUUGCCUUGCCUUCAAUCUCUGUCCAUCAAAUAUUGUCCCAAGUUAACAAGUUUGCAGUUGGGACAUCUUGCUUCUCUUAAGCAGUUUGAUAUCACAAGAUGCCCCAAUCUAAAUUGCAUACCUGAAGAUUCAAUUACGAGCUUGAGCUCUCUCUGUCGUUUGUAUAUUCCAAGGUGUUUUACAUUGUUGGGUGGGGCACUACGAUGUCUCACAGCUCUUGAGGAGUUACAUGUUUAUGAAGAACCUGAGAUGGAAUGCUUACCAGAGAGCAUGAAGGACCUCACCAAACUUGAACGUUUGGAGAUUUGGGAUUGCCCUAAACUGGGAUGUUUGCCAGAGUGGAUUGACAGAUUGGUAUCACUUCGAGCCCUCGAACUUGAGGAUGUUCCAAAUCUGAGGAAUCUGCCAGCAGCAAUAAAACAUCUCAAAUCACUUGAUUCAUUAGUAAUAAAAAGAUGUCCCCAUUUACAGAAACAAUGCAAGAUGCGAGGUCCAGAGUGGCGUAAGAUCUCUCAUAUAAAGCAUGAGUGGAAUAGGUUGGAGUUUGGAAUAAUAGAGGAAAGAAAACAAGUCUUGCUGGAGCAGAUUGAGGAUUUGGAUAUGAAGGAAGACAAGGGAUACUUUGGAGAGGAAGACAGGAAGAUGAGAUGGGACUUAAAGAGGCAGAUGGAGGAUAUUCUCAUUAAGGAGGAAACAAGUUUGAGGCAAAAAUCCAGAAUGCCUUUGAAUGAGAUGGUGUGGUUUGAGGGUUUGGAUUGGCCGACUUUAAGUGCAGAGAAUAGAGAGUGGCUGGAAAAGAGGUUUGAUUUGAAAGAAAUAAAAGAAGUAGUAUUCUCAAUGGAUAGGACAAAAGCUCUGGGCCCAGAUGGCUUUACAAUGGCUUUUUAUCAGGAUUGGUGGGAUAUCGUGGAGAAGGAUUUUAGUAACCUAAGGAAUCCAGAGCCCUCUGGGAUUGGGGGUGUUUUCAAGAAUGAAAAAGGGAUUGUUAUGGCCUUGUUCUCAGGCCCCAUUGGAGAAGGUUCUUUUAGGGCUGAGAUCCUUGCAGCUAUGGAAGGAGUUCAAAGAGCAAGGGAACUAAAUAUCAGUUGGCUGAUAUUGGAAGGCGAUUCAAAAGUGGUGAUUAGCUGGUUGAAGAAAGAGGGCAAUGGUUUGUGA